AUGUUACUAUAUCAGAGAACUCCAAGUAUGCUUCUACAAGAAGAAAACAACCAUACGAGAAGAAUAUGUUCCAAAUUAAAUUCAACAGAAGAUCUCUGUUUCAGACGAAUAAUUAAUGCGUUGAAUAAUUGGUCAACGGCUGAUGUUCGUACUGUACCUUUUGUCAUGUAUCAACUUCGUUGUGGUAAUGAUGAGCAUGAUGAAACAGUUGAAUAUCAAAUCAACUGGUUUAUCGAUUGUGCUGAAACACAUAUUCAUAAUCAUCGAAAUUCAUUUGAGACAUAUUGUUUAGAAGGACAAUAUGAAGAAAAAAUUUGGAAAAUAAUUGAUGAUAAUGAUGGAAAAUUUACUUAUCAAUUCACUCGAAGUGCAGAUAAUACAAUCAGUAAAGCUAAACUAAUACCUGGUACUCUUCGUCAUGUGACUUCCAGAUAUCAUUUUCCUGGUAAUAAAAUGCAUGUUGAUACUGAACACUUUCAUUCUGUUACUCCGAUUAUUGGAUCAGAUAAACGUGUCGUCACGUUUUUGACUAAAAGAAAGUAUUCUACACCAGUCGACACAUCCAUACUCAGUUCUGAACCUCAUUUCGAUCCAUUGAAUGAUCAAAUGCGAAUUGCAACCUACGAUGAACGUCAUCACAUGUAUCAAAAACUUCUUCAAAUAUUAACAACACAUCAGAAGGCACAAUGGAAACAAAACUGGUCUGAUCUUCAAUUCUGA